GAGGGUAGGAGGGAGGAGGUGGGAAAGGAGGGAGCAGAGGAGGGACGGAAUGUCCGAGCCAAUGCAUUGUGGUCGGCCGCUGAGGAGCUGAAGGCCUCCCAGAAGGAGGUGUGACCGAGCGGCUCCUUCAGGACGCAGACUGUGGUUCGGCACCAGCUGAUGUGAAGCCUCUGAAACCGAUUCGAGAAGCGGGAUCCUCCCGGUUUGGAGGACAAUCGGAUCCACGGACCUCAGGCCGAUCGACUGCAGAGGAUCCCGAUCGAUUAGUCGGAAGCGCGUCGGCUGAUUGGGAGCUUUCAGGGGAUCGAUCGAUCGGCAUGAGCGGGGCGGGGGAGGUGGUGUGUGAAGGCUGGCUGAGAAAGUCCCCCCCGGAGAAGAAGCUGCGCCGCCAUGCGUGGAAGAGGCGCUGGUUCGUGCUGCGCAGCGGGCGGCUGAGCGGCGAGUCGGACGUCCUGCAGUACCUCAAGAACCCGCAGGCCCGCCGGCCCAUCCGGACCAUCAACCUGAGCCUGUGUGAGCAGGUGGACGCCGGCCUGUCCUUCACCAAGAAGGAGCUGGAGAGCAGCUUCGUCUUCGACCUGAGGACGGAGGAGAGGACCUGGUACCUGGUGGCGGAGUCCGAGGAGGACAUGAACCGCUGGGUGUCCUCCAUCUGCCUGCUGUGUGGCUUCAACCCGACGGAGGACGCCGCGCAGAGACACGCUGUCUCCGGCUCGUCCUCCGCCGCAGCGAUGGCCGCGGCCAGUCGCUCUGCCGCCGCCGUCGCCGCGGCAACAACGGGGUCAGUCCCGGAGCCGUGUGACCCGGUGAGCGCGGGGGGCCCGACGGGCGACCUGGAGGAAAACUACCUGUGGCUGUCCCACUGCCAGAGUCACAACAGGGCUCCUCUGGGCUCCUCCGCUUCUCUGGAAACCGACUGCAACGACCUCCCGCCUCCCUCCUCCUCCUCCUCCUCCUCCUCUUCCUCCUCUCCGUCGCUGCUUCCCAACGGCCGGCCGGCUCCGUCCUCCUCCUCUUCCUCUGGCUUUGAUGCCAGCGUGACCUCUGACCCCCGGGGGCCGGCCGGCCGCCUUCGCUGUCACCCGUCCCCUCACCCCAGGAAGCACUCCCUGGACUUCCGCCUGCGGCCCGUGGCGAUCCCCCCCUCCGCCGCGCCGCCGUGCCCCCACCCGUGCGCCGCCGCGGGUUACCAGGUGCCUCGGCCGGCGUCCCCCGCCCAACCGCGGCCCCCCCGCCGCCCGUCCUCCCCGACCCAGCCGGAGCUCCGGGCCGCCGCCCGGACGGCCCCGCCGCGCCCGCCCAAGCCUCGCGGCGCCGCGGCCCGGGGGGAGGCCUCGCAGGGGGGCCAGCGGAGGGCCACGCUGCCCCACUGCUUCCCCGAGCUGGAGAGGAGAGACGGGUGUGUGGAGGGAGGAGGUCUGCCGAGGAGCAACACCUCGCCGAACGGUUGCGACUCCUUUUCCGGCCCUCGGUCUCUGUGCCACAGAGCGAGCAUGUUCGACUUCAGCGAGCGCUUCAACAGUUACUUUCUGAAUAAAGGCCUGGUCCCCCUGGGCAGUGUCUGCUGUGAGGACGGCGAUGUGGACGAGAACUACGUUCCCAUGAGCGCCGCCACCACCGAGCCUCCCGUUGCUGCGAGGGCGCCUCCACCUCCCCCCUCGGACCCCUCUGUCCAGCUGCAGGAGGCCAACUACGUCCCCAUGACCCCCCUGGCCCCCUCGCCCCCCGCUCACCGGGCCCCGGGGGCGACGGGCGACCCGGCCUCCCUCGGGAAGUGGGUGCCCCCCCCCGCCCACGCGGGUUUUCGCAGCUCGGCCCCCCUCACCCCGCCGCCGCUGCGCAGGAACACGGCGACCUCCCCCGGGGGAGCGGGAGGAGCGGCGAUGCCCCCCCCGAUCCACCGCGACCUGAAACCGAAACACCGCCGGGUGAAACCAGCUCCUCUGGACAUCACUCCAAUGCAGGAGGACUGGCAGGAAGUCCCGCCCCCUGUCCGCUCGCCUGUCACUCGAACCUUCACCAGAGAUCCGUCCAGUUGUCGGUCCGUCGGGCCGACCUCCGCUGACAGCUCGUCCCCCUCCUCCGACUCCGAUGACCCCGACGACAGCUGCGUCGCCAUGACGACGACGACGACAACGAAGACUUCCAACCUCAGCUUCAGCGCCGGCGAGCCGACCCUGAGGCUCAUGCUGCACCGGGCCUCAGAGGGUGGAGUCAGCAGCCCGGUGCUGCGGCGAGCCGUCGGCGACAAACAGGUGGAGUACCUGGACCUGGACCUCCACAGCCGACAGAGACGCAGCGCGGCCGAAGGCGGCGAGCAGGCCGCGGCGGGCGAGGAGGGGCGCGCACGGGGCGAGCGUGCACGUGUGGACUACGUGGUGGUGGACCCCAGAAGGACCAAGGCCCUGAGGAGCACCAGAGAAGCGUGGCAUGAUGGGAGGAUGUCCACGGAGAAGGAGAAGUGCCCGAGCUAGCCUUUGGUCACGUGACCACAAAACCCAAAAGACGCGGCUGGGGAUUUAUGUGCGAAAUGAUGUGAAAAGCCAACAAAGUGAUUGUUGUUUAGAGAUUUCCCAAAAUGAAUGACAUGUCGUCCUCGUGACCCUGGAGGUGAGGUCACCACGUUCAGUCGGAUUCAUCUACUGGGAGGCAUGAAGGCAAAAUGUCAUGGAAUCCUAAUUUCUGGAGAGGUGGUUUCCUGGUGACCUUCAGGAAACUUGGGGUUUGACCUUAAGUGUGUUGUAAUGUGAAGUUCCUGUUGUUGUUGUUGCUGAUGAUCUUCUGUUCUUUAUCAUCUCACCUUGUGGUCCAUGCACCUGCUGAAGGUCUCACUUUUACAUUUUUAAGGUUCCUGUUGUCAGGGUGUUGUGAACCAGAUUGGAUCUAGAGGUUACAAUACACACAUUUCCUCACACACACACACACAUGAGAAGAUGACGUCAAGCAUCAUGAAAUGAAAGUGGUCAAGUAACAAAGGUUCACUCUGAUUCUUGCAUCAGAAUAUGUAAACGUCUGAUUCUUUUUCCCAGUAAAUACUUCACUUCACACUGUAUUUAAAGUAUUUGGGGGUUUUAGGAUUUUAUUUCAGUCACUUUAACCCGAGGAAGAGAAACAUUCACCUCACUGAUUGUGACACUUGGUAAAGAAAUGUCCUCACUUUGAGACAUAACUAGGAGACUCUCCUCCACCCUCCUACAAACACCACCCACAAAGAGUUUUUAUAAAGAGGAAAUAGAGCGUGAACUUUAGGUCAAGAUAAAAUGAAAAAUGUCAUAUAAAUGAUCCAAAUCUCUUUGUGUGUCGAUACCGAAGUGUUUAUGGACCCUGAGACGGUGUCUCUGGUUCCACUCAAUAACCGGACAGCAGACCCUCUGUGAAUGACAUCAUGUACAUCUGUUCUCUUUUAACCGCUACACGUGUUGUGUGAUGUAUCUCUCUCUCUCUCUUUGUGUUCAGGUUGACUUUAGAACCACUAGUUCAUGAGAAUAAAGAUCAGCUUCCAGCGUC